AUGGAAGAUUUAGAUUCUAAUGCAGUAAAUUCACCAUUAGAAACUGAAGAACCAGAUAACAUAGUUCAAAUCCAUCAUCAUGAAAGUGGUCAUAGGGGUUGGAAAUGUAAUUACUGCAAUGAUGAAAAUUUGCGUGCAACAGAUUUGAAUAUGAAUACACAUCUAGCCCUAAUUUGCCAAAAUGUUCCACUUGACAUUAGACAAGAUUGCUUACGAAACUUUCCAGUACCAAAUAAAAGAAGGACAAUUGUACAUGACAUCGCCAGUAGUUCACAACCACGAAUUGACAGUAAAUUUCAAAGCAUUAGCAAAAUGGAUCCUGGGCAAGAACAAUUAUGUCAUAAGGCAUUAACACGACUCUUUAUAUGCUGUGGAAUUCCUUUUUGGAUUGUUGAAACACGUAUUACAAUUUCAAUUGAAAAAGAGCUUCAAAAUGAAAAUAAUCUAACAUUAGAUUACUCUCAUAAGUCUCAUACUGCAAUAUUUACGGCUGAUGAAAUUGAAAAAGUUUUAGUAGAUGUUGGUGUUACUAAAUUCGGAGCUGUUGUAUCUGAUGGAGCUUCAGCGAUGUCACUUGCAAAACAAUAUAUUUCAGAUAAAUAUCCUAGAAUAUUACCGAUUCGCUGUAUUGCACACAAUAUCCAGUUAAUUUGUAGUGACAUUAUUUGCAAAACCUUAUUUGGAAAAAAAGUAUUACGCCAAUGUCAAUCUUUUGUAACAUAUUUUCAUGCGUCUUAUCGUGCUGGAGCAAUUCUGCGUAAUGAAAUAAUUAACUCUAUGAUAAACAAGGGAGGAUUAAAAAGUUCAGUUUGUUUACGAUGGUCAUCUGCAUAUGACUGUGUACAAUCGGUUCUUAACUUAGAAAUAUGUUUUAAACAGAUUUUAGAUGAGAAUGAGUCUUCUAUGAUACCGGAAUUACAGAAGCUUACACGCGAUCGACAAUUUUGGGUAAAUGUUGAAGUUUUGGCUAAAGUUCUAUCUCCAGCCAAAAAUGCUAUUAAAAUAGUUGAAUCUAAAGCUACAACAACAGCAGAUAUUUUUUUAUUUCUCGUUCAAAUGGCAUCAGCUAUUAACACACUUAGUGCAAAUGAUUUAUCAGAACGUACUGAAUUUCGCAAACAAUGUAUUCAAUUUUAUAAUAAACGUUGGAAAGAAUUUGAUAUAAAAUUUUAUAUUUUAGCAUAUUUUCUUCAUCCAAAAUAUCGAGGAAAAGGUAUGAAAGAUCCAGUAUUUCAUCAAAUUUUAUAUACGGCCCUUGAAAUUUGGAAAAAGAUUGGCGGUGGAUUAGCAAGUGCAAAUACAUUGGUAGCACAAAUUAAGAAGUAUGAUGCAUUUGAACCACCAUAUAAUUAUAUUUUUGUGGAAGGAGUUGAAUCUCCACAAACCUG